AUGGCAUCACAAAUGUGUGGACUCAAGGCUCCUAGCCAUGUUUAUGCAGGAACAUUAAAAAAUUCAAGUGAUAAUGAUGUUACUGUUGAAGUCGAAUAUGCUGGUUCGGAUGCUAGUCAUAGUGAAACAGUUCAUGUAACUGUACCUAAAGGAGGUUCACAAACAAUUGAAGAAAAAUCUGUUCAAGUUGGUGACAAUGAACAACGUAAAGUUAUUCAAAAAUUAACUGUUAAAUCACAAGAUGGUACAACAAAAGAAUUAUCAGCUCCAUUCGCAGGUGUUACAUCACCAAAACAACAUUGGCAUUUUGAAGUUGAUCAAGAUGGUUCACUCAAAUCAGUAGCAUAA